AGAAUAAUAUACCAAAUUGACCAAAAGGAAACAAGAAUUUGAUUCACCUCUCAAACAACCCAAAGUAAAGAAAGAGAAUGGGGAACGAGGAGGAAGAAGAAGAAGUGGUGGCUGAAGUCGAAGCAGUGGAAGCGGUGUACGGAACCGAUUGCGUCGUUCUCCGUUCAUUUCCUCCCCAUUUCCACAUCUCUCUCAAACCCAGAACCGCCGAUGUUUCCUCCCAACAGUUUGUAGAAGCUGUUUUGGAGAUACGAGCAAGCCCACAGUAUCCUAAAGAACCACCUUCGGUUGAUCUUGUGGAUAGCAAGGGUCUGGAUGAACAGAGACAAAAACAUCUAUUAAAUUACAUACAGAGUAAAUCCAACGAGCUCUCCCUUUGUUUAAUGCUUGUAGCUCUCUGUGAGGAAGCUGUAGAGAAACUUUCAGCUAUGAAUCAUCCUGAUGGUGAUUGUCCGUUGUGUUUAUUCCCUUUGGUCCCAGAAGAUCAGCAAAGUGAAACCUUGCCUUUUAUGAAGUUAAUGUCUUGCUUUCAUUGCUUUCACAGUGAAUGUAUCAUUAGAUGGUGGAAAUGGCUUCAAAAUUCUAAAGAAGUAGACUCUGCUAAUACAGAUGGUGCAGCAGCACAUCAUAACCAAGAUAAGCAUAAGGAAAUGGAAGAGAGUGUUGGUAACUGCCCAGUCUGUCGCAAGACUUUUCUUGCCAAGGAUUUAGAUCAUGUGCUUGCCCUAGUUGGUUCAUAUACUUCCCAAUUGAGUUUGGAAAAUGAUGAAGUCAAUGAUGAGGAAAAGCUCCUUCAAUCUGAGGAUGAGAUCAUUAGGAGACAGAAAUUUGAAGCCAUCUUAAGUUUACAGAAGGAGAACAGUGGUUUGAUUGAACCCAAAAGAGAUAUAGUAAUAUUGCCGGGCAUGUAUCUUCCACAACCAGUUGCAAUGCCCAGCUCCACGUCAACCAAGGAAUCUGAUGAGAACCAACAAAAAGAUCCACCUGCAGUUGUGUCUACCAAAGAAUCCGAUGAUCAGCUACAAAAAGAUCCAUCUGCAGGUGUGUCAGGAAAACAUGCUGGUGGGACAUCCAAUGGACCUAGUUCUAGCAGGCAUAGGAAUUUCGGUGCAAGGAGGCAGAAAGCAAGAAGUGAUCAUCACACUAGUUCAACCGUAAGAAAUCCCAGAAAACCAGUCCAACAGUGGGUAAGAAGAGAUACUCCUAGCAAUAAUCAAUAAAAUUGAGACUGUUCUUGUUAUCUCAUCAAUGUUUAGAAGCUGCAAAAACAAAGAUAUAGAUAGUAGGAAAAGACACUCCCGCACCCGUUUUCAGUUAUAGGGGUGUUGGAGGAGCAGAAGAAACAAAGAAAGGAAAGACAAGCACAUGCUACUUAUUUAUGCAAUUUGCUGUGUUUUGUUUUUCCCUUUUCGACUCCGGAAUCACAUUAUGGGUUGAGAUUUUGCAUUUUCUCGUGAAUCGUGAUGGUAUUUCUUAAUCACAGAAAUUUUCAACUUGGAGUUGUGAAAUGUCACAUUUAAGCAGUUAUACGAUCUGUAUGCCACACAAGCGCAAGCCUUCAGUGUAAAGUAUAUCCAAUCUGUGGAAUAAGCGUUGAGCCUAAUUGAUUUUAAGCCUCACGUUUCAGUUUUUGCAGAGUGAACCUGCAUGCAACUGUAGCAAUAUUCCCUCCCUUGUUCAAUUCGUGGGUGUUUUUCUUUCAAUAUUGUAUCUUAUGGCUUUGUAGUGAAGUCCUUUUGAACCCGGGAUUGAUGAAAGUAUCUUCGAUUCUUCAGUAUAUCAUCGCGGAUGGAAUUUUCUUCAAUUCAAAGUGACCUCAUUUGAUGAAUAAUAAAAGAAAAGGCUCAUAAAAAGCCACAAAAUAUUUUUCACUCGAGUGUAAUCAUACAUUUAUUACAUGCAGAGUUGUCAUGUCACAUGCAUCUACAAUUAAGUAUGAACUUGAGGUAUGUAUUUGACAUGACUUUGACAGAAAAAAAAUUCCUUUGGCUAGGGGCAGAGUCGGAUUCA